CGAAACGCCAAGCGCUACGUGUCGCAGACCAAGCAGCCGAUCGCAUUGUCGCUCAGGCGACGCCCGACGUCGCUCCGCAACUCAACGAAGAUAAGUGAAUCUCUAUAUAAGUGCGCACUAUUAUGGAAGAUGAGGAUGGUGAGAGCAAAGAUUUAGAUAUGUGGAACAUCUUAGACGAGCAACAGCUCAAAGAUCCCACAUUGAGCAGUCCAUUGACGAAACAUUCCAUUGACGACAUAUACACGGAUGUGAUUGAGGAUAAUCAAUUGCUGCACUACAAUUCGGUCAGAGGAAGGGAUUCACCGGCCAAGAACACGGUCACGAGCAGUCCCAAGUUCCCGUUCAAGGGUUUCAAGAAGCGCAUAUUGGCCCAGACCCGCGAGAUUCAUCCCGCUCGGUUGAAAACCAGCGCGCAACAACAGGAGCAACAACAGACGCAUCCCAAUGCAAAGGGCAAGGACAAGAAGACGGAGGGGAAGCGAGAGCGUAAGAUAGCGGAGUACGCUCAGUAUCUUGGUUUGCAACCAUCAACGAAAUACAAAUGCUCCAAGUGCGGUACGGUUUGCGGCUCAAAUUCGAGACCGAACUCGUGCUCUUGCAAUUUCAGCAUGGCCCCCAUGCCCAGCACGUCCGAGUCGGGUGGCACCUCCGUGCCACCGCACGUGGCCAGCAACUUCAAGAUCACGCGAAAGGUAUAUCUGUGCUCGGCGUGCGGCACGUACUUCGAGAAUUGGAAUCUCUUUCUCCACAUGAGGGACAUACACAAGCGCCACAUAUGUCUAUUCUGUCUGGGUAUGUUCGGCCAGGCGGAGAGACUGUCCUAUCAUUUGCUGAAGAAACACAGCGUACCGGAGAUGACGUUCGACUCGGUCGAGGAUUUUUACAAAACUUUCAAAGGCUCGUGCUAUCUGGUCUGUUGCACCUGCGAGAAGGACUUUUCGGAAACUGAUGAUUUUUACAAUCAUUAUUGUCCGCCGAUCAAGCAGGACGUGGCCGAUACCGGCUCGUCGGUGUGCACCAUAUGCCGACAGACCGGCACUCAUGCGGCCACUUGCAAUCUCGCGGCAGCGGCAGCGGAAUUGAGCGGCACCGCGACGCCGCUGUCAAUCGCGGACACGACGCGCGCGGACAGCGAAUCGCCGGCGACCGUACCUUUACCGGAGAAAACCGCGCGUCUCGGUGGCAAAGGUUUGCCGAGAAAAGAAAUGAAAUACAGAGACAAGCACAGAGCUGACGGUGCGCAGAAUCUUCGUCAGCAAAAACAAAACACACUUGGGAGAAAGCUCAGCAACUCGAAAGCAACCCGAUGCAACGAGAGUCAGCUCGUUACCGACGUUCAAAAAGAAGUCGCCAACAAUCUACCCAGAGACACGAUCACCGAGACGAUAAUGGAAGUGUCCAGGUACAAGGUCGACUCGUCCGACGAGAACGACGAAAAUGACGAACAGGCGAUGAACAAGGAUGUGUUGUGCGGAAGUUACGACAAGGGAUCGGUGGAAAAGUCGCCGAUGCAGAACUGCCAGCUCGAUCGCAACGAACCUUACGACAGCGUGACCCAAACCAUCAUGGAGGUGUCGCGAGCGAUACACACGACGGACGAGGCGGAGAAGAGAGACGAGAAUCCGGCGUACACGAACGUGCGUGGGUCGAACGUCGAGAAGACGAUCGUCGGAGAUGACGAGGAGACGUGCGACAAAAGCGACAUCGAUCCGAUUUGCUCAACCAGCUCGAAAGCGCCCAGUCCGGAACGAUCGGAGGCCGAGGAGGUCGCGACAGUGGACGCAAAAUCGAACACCACGUGCGAACCUGGAACUGAAUCCGGAUUUCGAUCGUACGACAGCCCGCAGGACGCGCAAAGUCAAAGUCCAGUUCCCCGAUCGUUGUUCAGCCCGCAACACGAGUCUCAUGUCUCGGAUUCGCAAUCCAAAGAGAAGGAGACUUACGAGAGCGUCGAUAAGGAAGAAGAGGAUGAGGAAGAGGACGAGGAAGAGGAGGAGGAGGAGGAGAAAGAGAAAGAGAAAGAGAAAGAAAAAGAAAAAGAAAAAGAGAAAGAGAAAGAGAAACCUAUUACGUCGAGCACAGUCGAAUCUCAAGCCUCGGUCUCGUUCAACGCCACCGCUCCUUCGGACAGGAGUUUGGUCAUCAAGAUCUGCAGCAGGAACUCGCAGUUCACCGUCGCGACGGCCGUCCCGAGCAAGGAAUCCGAAGAGAACAACAACGCCGAGGGAUCUACAUCGAAGGAAAUGUCGAACGAUUCGGAAAAGGUGAGAGACAUCAUGAGCGAUCAGGCGAUCGAGCUGGACGACAGCGAUUCCGACAGCGACAAACUCGCGGUGGUCGAUAGCAAUCCCGAGGAGAGCGAAGAGGCGGAAGAGGAGAAUGAGAAAGAUAAAUACGAUGCAAAAAACGAGGAGGAGGUGAAUCAGGAAGAGACGGACGGAAUCGUGAUUGGCGCGAGCAACGACGGGACGUUCAGCAUCGCGGAAACAGUCGCUCCGAGCGACAACGUCGGCGAAACAAUCGGUAACAACGUGGAAGAAAGAACGGAUUUGAUCGCGAACGACCAACCGAGCGGCCAGCCGAUCGGCGACAACAACAGUGGCAUCGCGUUGGCCGGCGAGGACGCACCGUAUAUCGAUCUGAACAUCGAAGGCACUCUGGACAGCAUGGAACUGGAGGACCUUCUGAAGCGCUGCAUAGAAACCGCCAGUCCCUUCUGCGUUUAUUGCAAUCACGCGCGACACAUAGCCGUGAACGGCAAGCAACUAAGUCUGCACAUGCUGGCGGAGCACAAAUUCCAACCGCAGCAUCCCGCGAUAAUAAUACACGCGGAACAGUUCACCGCGCGCGUGAAGAGAUCGCUCGACGAGCUCGAAGAUCAUUACUUCAAUCUGGGCACGUACAACACCACGAACGGAACGUACAACGUGCCCGCCGUACUGAUAUACGAGUGUUUCCACUGCAGAUUUCACACCGCGGUGCACAAGGAACUCUAUCUGCAUAAUCGUAAGAUGCAUCAGAAGCCGAUACUGAUCUGCAUAAUGUGCAAGUCGACGUUCUACAGUUACAGCGAGCUUUUGUGCCAUUUGUGUCCGGGCGUUUACUCGUCGGAAACGGUCACGUUGCGUUACCGGUGCUGCUUCUGCACGGUUGCGACUCUCCCGUCGGCGUUCCGGCUUAUGGUUCAUCUGCGCAAGCGUCACCACAUCUGCGACGUUUGUCUCGAGGCGACCGGCAAUCAGCAGCGUCUCUCGAAUCACGUUUGGAAGCACAAGCUCAAUCACAUGUGCCACAGAUGCGACAUUACUUAUCGCAACAAACCGGACAUCACGAAGCAUCUGUUCUGGAAACACGGAACCGAGAGCGUGCUUUGUCGGAAGUGCUUGCAGAAGAAGUGGCCGCACAUUUAUCACUUUUGCAUACCGCCCACGGCUUUCGUCUGCGACGAGUGUAGCGUAAGUUUCAGUCGCGCGGUCGCGCUCAAGGUUCACAAGAGACUUCACUCCGGCGAUCUGCCGUACGGCUGCGACGAGUGCAACGAGCGUUUCAUAUCGCGAAAGCUCUUGGCCAAGCAUCAGGAAGCUCACAAGGAGGAGAAGAUUCACGUUGACGUGGUCAACGUUUCGACGGACAAGGAGGAAGUGGACAAAGGUAACGCGUUGUUGACGGUUACCGACAGCGCAGCGGCGACCGCGGGAAUCGUCGAGACUGCCAAACCCGAGGCUGUGAAAAGGGUGGUCGACGUUUACGACUUGCCGCCGCUCAAUUUGUCGUCCGAGAGCGACACGGACACCGAGGACGGGAAGACGACCGCGGACAAACCGACGGAGAAUGAAAAAAGCGGCGAGGAAAAGAAGACGACCGCGGAGACGAGCAAAACCGUCGAGGAGAUCGGCGUAAAUGACGACGACGCCGCCGGCACGAUCAACGAGGACAUGGCCGACGAGAUGGAACGAAACGAGGAGGAGAAGAAGAAAGAGGCGCGCAUUAUGGACGGUAUAUGGGACAAUUUUAAGACGUACGCCGCCAGCUUGGACGUCGAGGAGUCGGCCAAGAACGUCGCGCUGAAGGAGAGCGUGCCGGAAACCGACGCCGCGUAUCUGAGGAGCAUCAUUCUGAUAGAUCACGACUAUUGCGUGGUCUAUUCGGACCCGGAGAAAGCCGGAGAAGACGGAGCGACCGCCGCCAAGGACAACGACGCGAAAGACGAACAGCGGAAUAACGCCAAGUCCUCUGCGAGGACCCCGUCACCCACCGCCAGCCCCAACCGCAAUGCGGACAGCGGUUCUUCGAGCGACAGCGACUCGAGCGCUUGCAGCAGUUCCAAUUGCAGCUGCAGCAGCUCGUCCGGCAGCAGCUCGUCCGACAGCAGCUCCGAUUCGGACAGUUCCACCGAGAGCUCGUCGAAGAAGCGAUCCGGCGAUCAGAAGGAACGGAAGAAGGAGAAGGAAACUUCGCGGGAGAACAAGUCGCAGUCAGUCGAGCCGGAGACCAAACCGACGACGGAAGUCACGACGGAACACAGUGCCGAGAAGCUUCUUGAAGUGACGAGCGAGCCUCCGGCGCCACCGCCGAAACCGUUGCUGCGGGAAUCCGAUCUGGAGACCGAGGAAACCGAGACGGACGAGGACUUUUACGACGAGAAUCCGAAGUUGCACGCCGAUCAAAUUCUGACGGAGAAGCGCAAUCAGUUGUUGGCGUCCGUCGCGCCCGCGUUGACGUCCACGGCGUUAACGCUCGCGUCGCAACAGCCACUUACGCCGCUGAACAACGGAAUUGUGAACACGGAAUCGAUAGCGACGAGCGUUGAGGAUCAGCGACCAGCGCAGCAGCAGCAGCAGUCGUCGCAGAAGAGAAAGAUAAAGACGAAGAAACGACGGAAAGGCGAAAGGGUCGGCAAUAGCAAACGUAACGCGACAAGCGCGGCGACUCCGGAGUCGAUCAAGCUGAACAUUCCCAAGACGUUUUAUCAGAAGAAUCCAGGAUUCGCUACGUCGACACCGAUGCAUCCCGGCAGCAGGUCAUCGACGCCGAACUUGCUGUCUACCUGCAAUGAUCUGUACGGCGGCGGUGUGACCACCACAAUGGACAUGAUGCAUCAUCAGCAGCAACAGGUGUCGUCGGCCGCUAAUAUCGCCAGUAUGAAUCAGAACAGCGCCACGCCUGAACAAAUCGAGAACAAAAGAGUCUCGAAGAGAAAACGCGUGCCGAAGCGUUUCUACGGUGAUUCGAGCGACGACGAGCCGCACGAGAAGCAGCAGUCGUUCGGCAGGUGGCGCAAAAACGACGCCGUUGUAACCACCAUCCCGGCUUUCGCGCCACUACCUACUGCCGCAACGCCCGCGGCGAAUAAUCCGAAUAAACCGGUGGCACCGCCGAAAAUCACCUUCAGCGCCAAGUCCGUCGCACCGCCUCCGUCGUACGGCAACAGAUUGUUUCCCCCGGAACAGGCGACGAGCAUCCAGCAGGCGCCUCUACCGGAGACGCUGCCGGUCGCCGCGUCCGCCACCGAAUCCGACGAUCCGGGCGAGAGCAGCAGCGACAGCAGCGAAUCCGAGGCGGAGACGGAACAGGCGCCCACUAGGACCUCCGGCAUCAAGACCUCGACCGUCGUUCAAGACGGCGCGGCGACCACCGGCGAACGGAACAGUAAUGUCACCAAGUAUUGUUACUGUCGGUGCCCGUACGACGAGAUGUCCGAGAUGAUAGCGUGCGACGGGGCGAACUGCCGCAUCGAGUGGUUUCACUUCGAGUGCGUUGGCAUAAUGGUGCCGCCCAGGGGCAAGUGGUACUGUCCGGACUGUCGGAAGAAACACGGUAUCGUUCAGAACAACGACGAUUACUGCGAUUGAUAGUUUGACGUAGUGCGACGAGUUUUGUUUCCCCGAUGCGACACGACGACAUUCUGUUACCAAACCGAUCAGAUAAUAAUCGUUGCUUUUUUUUGGGCAUGAUGAAUCUAGAAUCUUUUUUCUUUCUUUUUUCUUUCUUUUUCACAAGUGAGAAGAAUAUAUAAAAAAAAAAAAAAAAAGCAAACAAA